GGAGAGUUUCCCCUAGUAACAGUCAUGGCGGCCCUUCCGGUGUAGGGUUGCCUCAGUAGCUAUCAUGGCCGCCCUCCGCCGCCCACGUGACCCUCUCCGCCCCCACCUUUGGCGCGGCCGGUCCUUCCUGCUCUCCGCCGCGCCGAGCGCUGCGGGAGAAGCCCCGAGAAGCCGGUGGGGGUGGCCCCCUUGGGCUCCCUGAAGGGCCACUGGAGAGUCGUUGAGGCUGUGGCGUCCCUGGGGUGGACGAUGCUGUCUCGUGGCCGAGCCCUGGUGGCGGGCGUCGCUGUGUACUGGAAGCCGCUGUUCAGAGGCCGCCUCCUGCUAGUCACCAACACCUUCAGCUGCGGGUCGCUGCUGGCGGCUGGGGACACGCUGCAGCAAGCCUGGGAGAGGAAGCAGGAACCGCGGCGCAAGCGGGACCUGGCCCGCACAGCUCGGAUGUUUGCCAUCGGCUGCAGCAUGGGCCCCCUGAUGCACUACUGGUACCUCUGGCUGGACCGUGCCUUCCCUGCUGCUGGGUUCAGUGGGAUCAGAUCUGUCCUGAAAAAGGUCUUCAUUGACCAGAUAGUGGCCUCUCCCGUUCUGGGGGUUUGGUAUUUCUUAGGAAUGGGGUCCUUGGAGGGACAGACUCUGGCUCGCAGCUGGCAGGAUCUAGAGGACAACUUCUGGGCGUUCUACAAGAUGGACUGGUGUAUCUGGCCACCAGCACAGCUGAUCAACUUCCUGUACCUUCCCCCAAAGUACCGUGUGAUAUAUAUGAAUGUCAUUACACUUGGAUGGGAUACAUACCUCUCCUACCUUAAGCAUCGCCCCAAACAGCCAACCCUCAGCACGGAAGAAGAUUCCAAACCCUGUGCCAUUGAGAUCCAAACUACCAGCUGAACCCAUCAUGACUCUUGUGGCUAGGAAGAGGUUUGGUUUGUGCUUCCGUGGGGACAGGCGUCAAAGGACGCAUGAAGGAAACACAGGACUCAAGCCAACUGGCCGUGGUGCUUGGGGGAGCAGCCCUAAACCAACAACUGUUGCUGGGGAGCAGCAUGGGGGGAUGCCCCCUUCCAGCCUGCCGGUCAGCAAAAACUGUCCCGCUCAGGCCUACGAGUGGCCUCUCUGAGGUGUGGUCCAACUAAUCCUGCCUGUUGUGGCUUAAUUUAUUCAGGAGGUGACCAGAUGUGCCAUGUCUUUGUUUUUCUCAAUUAAAAGACAAAUGUGAUUCCUUA